CGGAAAAUGUUAAUUUGUCGUCACUAUUCAGAGCAUUUGACCGAAGAGAUUCCGUAUAUGCAUGGUGAGAUGUCGGGACACAAUGAGCGUCGCGACUAUGGAGGAGGAAACUAUGACCGUGGCAGGAGCAGCCGGGAUUACGACGGCGAUCGGGACCCUAGCAGCAGGCAGCGGGGCUACGGCAGCGAUCGCGGCUAUGGUAGCGAUCGGACGUUUGGUGGUGACCGUUCUGGCGGCAGAUAUGUCGACCGAGCUCCAAGGCUCGGGCCGCCCACCUGCUUCAAUUGCAGGGAGCCCGGACACUAUGCUAACCAGUGUCCCCUGCCACGGAGGAACUAAAGGAAGGAGUGCCACGGAUGAUGGAGGAGAAUCGAGUGAACCACCCAUAGGUGUGCUGGAGACUAAGGUGGCUGAGAUAGGCAAGAGCGUCGCUGCGGUAUGUCAGUACGUAGAGGUCGAGAAGCAGAAGAAGGCAGCCAAAGAAAGAAGGAAAGUUGAGAAGAAACAAGCUGAGGAACGUGUGGCGGCAGAACUAGCGGAGGCGGAGCUUAAGAAAAAGAAGAAGGCGGAGAAAGCACGGAAGGAGGCCGAAAGGAAUGAGGAGAUCCGCAAAUGUCUGGAUAUCAAGCUAGCGCUAAGAGCGGGAGAACUCCGGGAUGAAGUCCGUGAAGACGUAUGGCAGGAGAUUCACGUGGCUAUUGGCGAACUCUGUACGGCUGUAGCGCGUGGCAAGCAGGCAGCUGGGCCCACCAUGGCUACAGCGGGUAGCGGCGCUAGCAGCAGUAAAACGGAUGAGAUCAACCUCCGAACUCGCGACUUGUGCAUCACGGACAAGACAAAGAGAGGCCUCGAGCCGACCCUCGAGGGUAGCCCUCCUAUGGAGCUUCCACCGAAGCGAACUCCAAGACGGAGCGGGAGGCUGGCCCGAACGCGCGGCAACGCUUUGAAGACGCCGACACCCAAGAAGACUCCACCGUCUAUCCGUAAGAAGACCCCAGCCGCUAUCGGUAUCGUCGGCAGGCUGCGUUUUGAGAAGAAGGUGAUGAAUGGCUUGAAGAAUCUGGACGCUCUGGUUUUGCAAAAUAUUUGUAAGGAUGAGGGCAUUGCUUACUACAGCAAAUUUGAGUCUAUUUUCGACAUUGCCGCUCAUCGCACGCGCGUAGCCUAUGGCUCCGAUGACGAGGACGAAGCAACUUCGGAUAUAGGUGGCGCCGAGGACACUACCAAGGAUCAGGAAGAUGUAUCCAGCACUUGAUGUGGCUACAAUAUUGCCGGCUUGUGGGCUAUUGUGAACUGCCUUACCAAGAUUUGCGGUUUACUGGAUGUUGUGGACAGUAGAGUGGAGGAACUAUUUCGACUAGCUAUUGUUAGUCUGUUGCUGUGUAAUGUUCUGCGUUGGACUAACAAAUGCGUGAAAGCUUG